UAGCUUCCGACCCGGCUCGACCCAACUUAAUCCAUUCGAUCGUUAAGCAGCCCAAGCACUAAACCCAUAACCAUGUGCAAGACCUUGUCCCUCAUCUCGAUGGUGGCUGUGAUUUUGCUGGCCAGCUCCACGGUGAAGUUGGCCCAAGGAACCCUCUGCAGUGAAAAGCUCAACGAGGUGCUGAGUAUGGUGUGCGAGCAGUAUAACUCCGUGAUUCCACACAAGCGCGCCAUGCCCGGUGCCGACAGCGAUCUGGACGCUCUCAAUCCGCUGCAGUUCGUGCAGGAGUUUGAGGAGGAGGACAACUCGAUCUCGGAGCCGCUGCGAAAUGCCCUCUUUCCCGGCAAUUAUCUUGGGGGUGUCCUCAAUUCCCUGGCAGAAAUCCGAAGACGCACUCGCCAAAGGCAAGGAAUCGUGGAGAGGUGCUGCAAGAAGUCCUGUGAUAGGACGACCCUGCUGGAAUACUGCUCCGUAGUCAGAAAUUAGGCCUCCUGAUGUGAAGAUCUUUUCCCUAGCGCACCUGCUCGACGCGAUCAUCUCUGGAUCUGGUUCCAAACCAACCAUGUGCAUUUAUACCACAAUCGAUGUUUUUAUAGCUUGUUGCAUGUUACUCUUUAUGAAUGAAACGAAGGAAAUAUAUAUUCUGCUUUAAGCUUUGCAUACAAUAGC